AUUUCUACAGCCUGUCUUUUUUUGUCUUUCUCUUUGUCUUGGGCAGAGAACUACAGCGGCAGACUGGCUUUCUCUGUUAUGAAGAGCUUCCAGUAAAACUUAAACUGAGGAGAUACAGCUAUAGGGACAUACCACAGCUCCUGUCUGUGUCUUACAGCCCUUUAAUUGAAUUGAAUUGAAUUGAAUUGUAUUUUAUUAUUUCUCUCUAUUGCAAACAUGAGGAUCAUCUGCUUCUUGCUGCCGUGUCUUUAUCUAAUCUCAUUUUGUAUUGCGGAAGAAGGGCUUGAAUUUCCCACUUACGAUGGAAAGGACAGAGUGAUAGACAUUGAUGCAAAAAAUUACAAGAAGGCCCUGAAGAAGUAUGAUAUGUUGUGUCUCCUCUACCAUGAACCCAUUCCUUCCAGCAAGGAGUUGCAGAAGCAGUUUCAAAUGACUGAGCUGGUGUUGGAGCUCGCUGCUCAGGUUCUGGAAGAUAAACACAUUGGGUUUGGAAUGGUAGAUUCAAAGAAAGAUGUCAAAGUGGCCAAAAAACUUGAUCUGAACGAGGAAGGCAGUGUUUAUGUGUUCAAAGCUGAACGUGUCAUUGAGUUUGAUGGAGAACUCGCUGCAGAUGUCCUGGUUGAAUUUCUGUUAGAUCUGAUGGAAGAACCAGUGGAGUUCAUCAGCAACCCCUCAGAACUCCGAGCCUUUGACAACAUCGACCAGGAGAUAAAACUCAUUGGCUAUUUCAAAAACGAAGAUUCAGAACAUUUCCAUGCUUUUGAAGAGGCAGCUGAGCACUUCCAGCCUUACAUUAAAUUCUUUGCAACAUUCGACAAAGGAGUUGCAAAGAAACUUACUUUGAAAUUGAAUGAGGUGGACUUUUAUGAAGCUUUCAUGGAAGACCCAGUUACCAUUCCUGGAAAGACACACACUGAAGAGGAAAUUGUGGAGUAUGUGAAUGAACACAAAAGAGCUACUCUUAGAAAGUUACGUGCACAAGACAUGUUUGAGACCUGGGAGGACGAUUUGGAUGGAUCCCACAUUGUUGCCUUUGCUGAAGAGGAAGACCCUGAUGGUUUUGAGUUCCUGGAGAUUCUGAAAGAAGUGGCCAGAGACAACACCAACAACCCUGACCUCAGUAUUUUGUGGAUUGACCCAGAUGACUUUCCAUUGUUGAUCGCUUACUGGGAGAAAACCUUCAAAAUUGACCUCUAUAAACCCCAAAUUGGAGUGGUAAAUGUUACUGAUGCUGAUAGCGUGUGGAUGGACAUCACAGAUGAUGAAGACCUACCCACAGCUCAGGAGCUGGAGGACUGGAUUGAGGAUGUGUUGUCUGGGAAAGUGAACACUGAGGAUGAUGAUGAUGAUGAAGAUGAUGACGACGACGACGAUGAUGAUGAUGACAAUGAUGACGACGACGAUGAUGAUGAUGAUGAUGAUGACGAUGACGAUGACGAUGACGAUGACGAUGACGAUGAUGAUGAGGAGGACGACAACGAUGACGACGAUGAUGAUGAUGAUUAAUUUAUUAACUGUGUAUCAAUGACAGAAUCUUUCAUCACAGGCAUUAUACAAAUACUUAGACUUACAGUCUGUACUGGAUUCUGCUACUCAAAAAAGGAUUCCUCUGCCAGUGGCAGCAAGUUCAGGAAAAAUUCCACCUUGAACAAUUUUAUAGAUAAAACAAUUUUGUACAUUUUGUACUUUCACUAUUUUAUCCUAAAUAAGAAAAGAAUUACCAGUUAAACAAUGGUUUCAAAAUCAGAAAUGUAAUUAUGUGAAUAACACGUGAAAAAAACAAAACAUUAUUUUAUAUUUUACUAAUGUAAAAUGUUACAGGUAAAGAUAAAAGGUCAGGCAUGUUUGAAAAUUAAACUUUUUAACUUACAGAUUUUUUUUUUGCUGAAAACCUACCAUUUGCUUGUAUGAGGUCAUUACGAAUAGUUUGAGAAUCUAGCCCAUAGUGGUUAAAACCUAAAAUAUACAAAACCAAAUCCCUUUAACUACUUUACUUUACUAUUGCCAACAUAUGUUGGUUUAAAAAAGCAAAAUCUCUCUUUGGACCAGAGAUAGCUAUGAAACUUUAGAAAAAAUGUAUUUAGGGAUAAAUGUCUUGAGUUGGUCAUGUCUAUGACAGUUCAAUAAUGUAAUAAUAAUGUAAUAAUUAAUUCUGUCAAGGCUAUAGUGUAUUCUGUGUUUUGAACUCUGAGAAAGGAGUGGUAUGCUACACAGAAUAACACUGGUAAACUAACAACGAGAAGCUCAACUGUUUUUACAAGAUACUGUAAUAUCGACUUCUACUUGUUUACGCCCAUCGCAAAAGGCAACUAUAGAGUAAGCGGUAAAAACGUUCUGUAUAUGACACAUUAGAGUUAAAAUACUUUAGGGUUAAAAUACAUAUCACAUCUGUAUGUCACCCUUAUUUAAAUAAGUUUUUUUUUUUUUUUUUUUAAAGUAAAAUAAGGUUUGAUUCAUGUUUAAGGUAGUCAUGAGCAUCAAACUACAUUUUAUUCAUUAGAAAAAUCUUUAAAUACCUCUUGAGAAUAGGGCCUAACAUGUUAAAGUCGCAGUCUCCAAUAUUGUGCCAAAAACAUUUAUGCCAUUUUCUGACCAGAGAUGCUUUUUCAGUACGUCUAGUAAAACAAUGUAUUUUCAAAGGCAGGUCAAACAUGGCUUCACUAUUGUUCUGUUGACAUUUAUAACCAAAUAAAUGAUGUGAAUGAAGCUUCCUACCUUGCACCCUUCUCACAGGUGUUCCUUAUGAUCCAUCAAUGUACAUGUUUUGGAGAUUAGACUCCUGUGAAAAGCUGUUAUCUUUCUUUCUUGUUGAAGCAUGUUAGGGGAAAUUGGCCAUCUAUUAUCAGGAAUGUACCUUAAUAAUAAAAACAAUUAUAAACUA